UAUUUUGUUAUUAAAUAAAUGGUUAUAAAAGACCCCUUAAUUGCAAUCAUAUAGGCAGCGUAUGCCUCUUUUUAUUACCUUGUUAUCUAUUAUCAUUAUUCAUGAUGCGAUAAAAUGAUAAUGAUAUCUUCUAGGAACAUUUCAUAAAUUCAUACAUUAUAUAUUUCAUUUUGAACAAUUUAUCGUUUAAUAAUUAAAAUUCAGCUAUCUUUGUCGUAUAUAAUUUUUACAUUGUUUUCUAUACUAACGAAACACUUCCUGAAAUAUAUUUAGGUUUUUGGAAUGCAUACAAGAAUAUCAAUAGUUCUCUUUUAUUAAAAGUACAGUUUGUUUAAACGUUUGAAAAAUUUGAAAAAAAAAUGUUGACCAAAGAUGAAACAGAUUAUUUGUUAAAAUUCGAAUGGUUACAAAAAUGUGCUCCAGCCUACGCCGUUAAAGCAGAAAAUGUUAAAUCACUCAAGAAUCCAUCGGAGUUUUAUCAGACCCUCUUAGAACAAUGUAGUAUAGCAAAACGUCGUAUUAUAAUUGCGUCUUUGUACUUGGGUACUGGCAACCUGGAAGCAGAUUUGGUAGAUAAAAUAAAAGAAGCAUUAGAUAAAAGCCCAGAAUUAAAUGUCAGAAUUUUGUUAGAUGCUAACCGGGGCUCACGGGGAAAAACCAAUUCUUCACGCACUAUGUUGAUACCUGUGCUGAAGUCUUCAUAUAAUUGCUGUGUAUACUUAUAUCACACACCAAAACUCAGAGGAAUACUUCGGUGGCUUUUACCUGACAGAUACAACGAAUUAGUAGGAAUACAACAUAUGAAAUUAUAUAUUUUUGAUGAUUCUGUUCUUAUCAGUGGAGCAAAUUUAAGCCAUGACUAUUUUACAAACAGGCAAGAUAGGUAUAUAUUUAUUGAGGAUUGUAAACCAUUGGUUGAUUUUUACACUGGAUUAAUAGAAUUACUAGGUAGUAUGUCAUUUCAAUUAACGCCUGAAAAUACACUUAAUAUAGACCCGUCUUGGAAAUAUCAUCCGUAUAAAAGUCCGUACAAAAGUUAUGCAAUGGAAGCAAAAAAACAGCUGAUACAUUACUAUAAUUCUCAUGUAAACAGUCUAGACAUUGACAAAAAUUCAGACACAAUAGUCUAUCCGUUAGUAGAAUUUCCGCCAUUCGAGAUACACAACGACAGUGAGAUAACCAGCAAACUCUUAGAAAACGCAGAAGCAGAAUCAACUUUUAAUUUAGCUACUGGUUAUUUUAAUUUACCAGAUGUUUACACAAACACCAUAUUUAAAAAAUCAUUAGCCAAUUUUAAUGUAUUAUUUUCUCAUCCGUUGGCCAACUCAUUUCAUACAGCAAAAGGACCUGCAAGUUUUAUACCCACUGCGUACAGUUGUCUUACUAAUAAUUUCUACGACCAAAUCAAAAAGUUUAACGUACAAAAUCGUAUUAUAUGCUUUGAAUAUCAAAGGACAGGAUGGACAUUUCAUUCUAAAGGCCUAUGGUACACUCCAAAAAACUAUAAAUGGCCUAUAUUCACUGUGGUCGGUUCUUCAAACUAUGGAGCCAGAUCAUUGAAUUGUGAUUUAGAAUCACAAUUAGUAAUUGUAACUGACAACAAAAACCUACAAAACAAAUUUCAUACAGAAAAAUUUGAUAUAUUUAAAUCGACUGCACUAUAUUCUCCUGAUAGUGAGAAACUAAUUGCCCCUUUAUGGGUUCGAUUUGUGUUAAAAGUGUUUAAAAAUUAUUUUUAAUUUGUGCUGCAAGUGUGAUAGCAUAUAUAUCUAGUCAACUUGUAUCAAAUUUGAACUGUUUUUUUUUUUAUUGUCACGGGUUUAUUAAACAAUUUGUUUUGGAUUUUUUCUGAAAAGGAUAGAUAAAUACCG